AUGGCUACAUACUUAACUGAUGUAUGGGAGCUCAGUAUCACACACGCUGCUGCAAUUGUCAAUUUGUACUCGGGCAUGGUUGGUAUAAUACCAGUGGGCUUGAUUUUCAUAGUCUACAUGACUGGUUUCACGGGUAGCUACUGGAUGAUCUUGCUCUCCAGAUUUAGCUUUACCGCUGGUUUGGUUCUUUUGACACUGUCAACACCACCCGUCCUUUCUUGGGCAACAGGCACUUGCAGCGCAUCUGAGGCCGAGUGCAUUGGCCAAGUUCAGAAGAUCCUCUUUUACACAUCUCUACCUCUAAUAGCUGUUGGAGUGUCUGCUCACUUGGCCUCUACACUGACAUUCAUCGAUGAGUUGUUGAAGCAGAGAAAAUCUGAGCCGUUGCUGCCAUCAUCAUCAGAAUCUGAUCAGCAGACGCCUACUACUACUACUACCACUACUACUACUCCAGAAUCAAAUGGCACUGCCGGCGGCAGGGCCAACAGUUUCCUCAGCUAUUUCACAACCGAGCAGUUUUUUGGUGUGAUAUUAAUGGUCAUGUUCCCUGCAGCUGCACUUCUAGCAAUUGGUUAUAUAAGCUCUUGGUGGAUUAGGUUUGGGAUAGGAGCCAUAUGUACCCUGGUAUCUACAGCUAUUUUCUUGAGUGGUUUAUCUUCGUACCCUCGUGGACCUCGACCACAACCCAUCCGUCUAACCAAAAUAUUUAGGGUACAAGAUACCAAAACCAUCCUAACCCUGAUCGCCACGUGUACGACCUGUAUCAUAACAGGUGUGGUAAUUUCCAUUGGAAAUACCUACUUCAUUGAACAAGCAACUGACCUAAAUCACUAUGUAGGGAGCUUAUGGGUUCCUGUUAUUUUCUUUCCCGUUUUUUUCCAAGAAUUGUCUAAAAAGCUUUGUGCCAGAGAAAUAAAAUGGUGUGCUGGAUUUCGCGAGUUUGGGAUUGCAGUGUCAAUGGUUUUUGCAACCCUAUGUUGCAUCACAGCUGCGAAAGUGGAGACCCGAAGGCUGGGCCUGGUUGAGAGCGAGGGCUUUGUUGACGAGCCAACUUCAGUAAUUUCCAUGACCAUGUUUUGGUUGCUUCCACAGUUUCUUCUCCUUGGAGUGGCUGAAGACCUUUCAGAGAGGAGCGUUAUUAAAAUCUUCACUGAGAAGCUGGAAAUUAAGACACCGGAGGAAGAUGUAGAUGCAGAGGCAAUAAGGGAGGACAAGAAGAUGUACAUGAAAAUGUUUGCUCAAGCUGUUAGUGGAGUGGGAAUUAUAUGCGGUGUGUUGUCUGUUUAUGUGGUGGGUGAGGUAAGUGCGAAGGUGGGAGGGACCAGUUGGUUUCAAUACACCCUGAACAAGAGCCAUUUGGACAAUUAUUAUUGGGCCUUGGCUGCAUUGACAGCAGCUAAUCUGGUAGUGUAUGUUCUACUGUAUUUUGUAGAUCUUAUAUGA